AUUACCUGUCCAUUGCGUUUUGGCUUUAUUUUUGCUUCAAAUAGUCGCCGAAUCAAACGUCAAAUAAUUAAAUUAUGAGCCACUCUGCAGAAUUACUGAAUUGUGAUAAACUUCACUUACCACCUUCCACAAAACAUCAACUACAAAAUGAAAUAAUUCCUGGAAAAUGCAAGAUGCAGAGUUUUAAAUGUGACAAGCGCGACUGGCUUCUCCGUGAUGGAGAAGAGAAGAAUUUACACACUGAAAGAGUCUCGACCAUGAAACGUAGUUUUGGUUAUCCACAACCAGAGAAAAUUGUCAAAGGCAGGCGCGCAGAGCUCCUGCUCGAGAAGAUGCGACGCGAGGCCGAGGCCGAGGCGAGCGCCGAGUGCACCCCACAACCCAAGAUCGAGAAGUACAUCACCACCUACGACGACACCUACUGCCCCUCGGAUCCUAAUUUUGAAGCAAAUCCACCGCCGCGGGCUCGGGAAUUGUAUGAAAAAUAUCCGCUCUAUGAUAAUCCAGCGAAGACUUAUUGGAAGCAGCAGCAUGAACGACACGUAUCCGAACGCCCGCCAAUUGGAGGCACCAUGGUGACAGUGAACUUUAACAACCCCUUCAAGAAAAACUCACGCUUCAGUACUCCCUUGGAGGAUCUCGUCGAUGGUGGCCAAAUUGAUCGUUAACUGCUGCAAAAGUUUGCAAAUAUAAUACAAAUAACUAUGCCAAAGUACAUCGUUUAUAUUGUAUUUUAUUCAUCAUCAUAUUCAUUAUAUACUUAAAAUAUUUGUAUAAUGUACAA